AUGCCCGGAAUUCUUCCCAUGAAAGUCAUCAAGGUGGGCACUAGCUCUCAGAGCCGGAUUGCCCAGGCUUGUGAUCGAUGCAGAAGCAAAAAGAUCCGCUGUGACGGAAUACGCCCAACAUGUUCCCAAUGCGCCAACGUCGGCUUUGAAUGCCGAACAAGUGAUAAACUCAGCCGUCGCGCAUUCCCUCGUGGAUAUACCGAAUCUUUGGAAGAACGCGUGCGGCAAUUAGAAAGUGAACUUCGGGAGCUCAAGGAUUUAUUAGACGAAAAGGACGAAAAAAUCGACAUGCUUUCCAAGAUCCACGGCAACCGAUCAAGUCUUUCAAUGCCUGUUAGCAGCCCUGCUGCCCCAGAGCCCCGGAACGAAGCCCAAGUUACAAAGGAGGAUACCUUCCGUGUACAAGCCGCGCCCUUGUUACUCGGGGUUGAGAAUUCCGACUCUUACUUUAUGGGCGCAUCCAGUGGUCGCAUGUUUAUAGAUGCCUUCAAGCGUAAAAUCCAAGAAGCCGGAAAGCCCAGCACCGACUUCAACACGGAAGCGUUCUUGCAUGUCCAGGGUUGCAAGCCCAUUGGCCACAAGUCCCCUGAGCAGUCCCGCGUAGCUCCUCCUCGCAUCUUCUCGGACCGCUGUGUAAAUGUUUACUUCCAAGAGUGGGCACCUCUCUUCCCUAUCCUCCACAAACCCACGUUCCUUCAUGUCUACGAGGAGUUUGUUGCCGACCCAGAAAAGGUCAAGAGCGGCCACAAGCUUGCACAACUCUACCUUGUCUUCAGCAUCGCCGGCCUCUCAUCAGACAACCCCGAUCUCUCCCAACUUGUCACCUGUGAGCAACAAUGGCAGGCCGCUCUUGAAACUAUUUUGAUGGAGAAUACAAUGAAUACCCUACAAUGCCUUACUCUUGCUCUUCUCUACUGCACAAUGCGUGCCGACUAUAAGCGACUUCAACACUACAAGGCCAUUGCUGUCAGUCUCUCUCAUCGUUUGGGCCUGCACCAGAGCCAGAAGAGAUUCUCUUUUGGUGCUCUGACAAUCGAGACCCGCAAGAAGGUCUUCUGGACUCUCUAUACCCUCGACUGUUUCUCUGCUGCUACUCUUGGUCUUCCCAAGCUUCUUAAAGAGGACGAAAUCCAGACUGAAUACCCAUGCGACACCGACGAUGAGUAUGUAACUGAGAAAGGCUUUCAACCUACUCUCCCUGGCGAGUACACUCGCUUGUCUAAUGCACUGGCCCUGUUUCGUGCGACACGCAUUCUUGCCAAGGUACUAGAGAAGAACUACCCCGCCUCAAGCUCCUAUGAGAUAUCUCUUCAACAGAUGGCUUCUCUUGAGAGUGAGCUGGAUGCUUGGUACCAUCAGCUUCCUUCUCAUCUGAGACUCAACUUUGUUCAAGACAAACCGUCAACAGAUGUGACUGGCAGUCGCUCGCCUCUAUUAGCUCUGGCUUAUUACUAUAUCCGCACGCUCAUCUAUCGUCCUGCCGUUGGCUCCAGUCUGGGUUCCAAGGCGGCUUCCGCCCUGAUAUCAAUCGGAUCAUCAAGCAAGCACAUUGUUCAGAUUAUUCAGCUCCUUGAAGAGCGUGGCAUGACUUUCUCGUUCUGCCUGAACAAGACUGAUCUACUGGUGAUCUGCGGCAUGACGUUGCUCUACCACUCAAUUGAUCUCAAACAAGACAGUAAGAUAAUGCGCGAUGACGAACGCUUGGUAAAUUCCGUGAUCCACAUCUUGGAGAAGGCGGAUGCCUCUGGGUCGUUCGACUUUAAGCAUGUGGCCAGUAUGCUUGUCACUAUUGACGAAUCCGCUGGCUCGCCGAUGCACACUUCACGUGAGGUGUCUGCGCCAAUCUCUAACCGAGGCUCGCCACCAACCGGAGCCGUCUCGAAAUCAAAGAAGAGAAACACAGCCUAUCCUUUCGGUCAGCUCUCGGCCGCCGCAUCCAGUGAGAGCAACCUCAUUGACCAUCAGGAGAGAAUGCGCCGCAUGACGAUGCCAUGUGAAACUGAGUCUCGGCCUGAUGUUUACCGUGCUCGGGCUCGUCAGUCUUUUGACAACCUCCAUACCGAGGCUCAUGUGGCUCGGCGAGGUCAUCUUAUGUCAACAUCUCCCAGAACUGAGCGCGAGGCUUCACCUCUCUCUCGCAACCUUGACUUCAUGUCCUUCGCCCACUCCUCACAGUCGCCGCAGCCGCUCUCGCCCCACCAAAGCCGCAUGCACUCUCAGUCUGGAGUGACGCCUCAGUCCAACCAUAUGGUUGUGAACUCUCCUAUGGCUGCUGCGAAAAUGAAUGGAGUUUCGACGACUGAAUGGGAGACACUUUUGGGAUCAAUGGAUGGCGGCAUGAACAAUGUUUACGAUGCCAUCUACGGUGGACAGGGACUUGUUAAUGAGAGUGCGAUUGCAGUAAGCAACUGCGGCGAUUGGCCUCCCGACAACUGGGACCUUGGUGGCUUCAGUAUAACCGAGUUUGGAAACAAUCCACAACCUCCUCAGAGCGUCCUGAGCAUGAGUGAUGAAAGCCUUAGCUCGGGUGAGGAGGUUGGCCCUUCGGAACUUGGAUUGAGCGUCGACAGUGUUGACUACCGCAACCACAUAGUGGCCCAGCAGCACGGUCACGAGGGUUAUGUGAUCUCUGACCGAAUGGAUACGUUUCCUAUUUAG